UUCUUUUGAAAAAUGAUUCGUGUUAUCUUUUCAGUAAAUGAAUAAAGGACGAUUAUUUUGUGUUGUAAUUAUAGAAAAUAUUAUUGUGAAACGUUUGAAUUCAAAUGUACCAGCAAUAUUUGAAUCAAGCAGUUAGGACACUGCAAAAUUUAAGUUCAGAUGAGCUGAAGGAUUUGUUGAAUGAUGACGAUAAAUUGGACGAAACAGUAGCUCGAGCCAUCGAGACAUUAGAAUCCGAGAAGGAAGUAGUGCUCAGUGAAAAUCGCAGUUUAGCAGAAAGUAAUUUAGGUAAUGAACCUAAAAUGAUCGAAUUGCGCUCUCGGGUAAAUGAUCUUUCUGAACAGGGUCGAUUCUUGGCAAACUCGGUCAAAGAAAAAUCGGAGGAAUUGAAAACCAAAUCAAGUAGCACAAAUCCGGACACGGUAUUAGCUCUGUUACAAGCGGCAGCAGCCGAAAGCGAAGAGGAAUCGGAAAAAAUCGUCAAGAAAUUUCUCGUCAAUGACAUUACUACCGAUGUAUAUUUGGAACAGUUCAUGAGUUCUCGCAAAUCAAUGCACAAUCGGAAAUUAAAGGCCGAAAAAAUGAUGGAACUAGUUCGAAAUGGUUCAAAUCAGCAGUCGGCCAAUGUUGCACUCGGUUCGCCUUCGUUUGGGAUGGUUCCGUAUCCGCGUUCUAGUGGGUUCUACCCACCAUCAAAUCCACCCGCUGUAGGAACUGUUCCAUACCCAGUCGGACCGAUUGCGAUGCCAAUGCCUGGAAUGUUUCGGAUGCCAUACCCAUGAGAACGAUUUUACAAAGUUAGUUGAUAGAUUGACACAUUUUCCUGUUGUAUGCCGAAAGUUAUAAUUAUUUAGUAUGAUCGCUCGCCUUUUAUAUAAAUAUCCCCGUGUUGAUUAAA